AUGGAUAAUUUUCUUAUCUUCGGUUCAAACAUACAUCUUGUGAAUGAUGUGAUAUCCAUGUUGUAUACUAAUUUUGAUAUUAAAGAUCUUGAAGAUGCUAAUGUCUUUCUUGGAAUUAAGAUUACUAGACCUGAUAAGGGAAUUUCUUUGGAUCAAUCUCAUUACAUUAAGAAGAUCUUAAAAAAGUAUAAUUACUCAUAUUAUAAACCUGCAUGUACUCCAUAUGAUCCUAGUGUAAAGUUGUUCAAGAACACUGGAGAUAGUAUUAGACAAUCUGAGUAUGUGAGCGUCAUUGGUAGUUUAAGAUAUGUUACUGAUUGCACUAAGGUUGAUAUAGCUUUUGCUGUGGGAUUAAUAUGCAGGUUUACCAACAAACCUAGAAUUGAGCAUUGGCAUACGGUUAAAAAGGUCAUGAGAUGCCUAAAAAGAACCAUGAGCCUUGGAUUAUUCGAAGGGUAUAAUGAUGCUUAUUAG